AUGGAUUUAUCAAUGGAAUAUCUCACCGAUCUUAAAGGAACACAGGUCACGUUUAAUGCCGUUACCGAACCACUGUUCAAUUUCCCUGCCCAGGCAUGGAUAAUAUUUAAGAAGCUCGACGAAGAGUCGAAUCGCCUGACAAAGGAAGACAGCGCCGCGGGGCUCGGGCCCUCAGACACCUCCGGGAAGUUCCUAUGCCGACCUGCUACUGGAACUGAACCGAAGAAGGCUGCUAUACGGGUUAGCCAGGCCGUUGACACCCCUCCUGACCACCUAGAACUAAUUGCUUUCCGGACAUUUAUAAAGCUGGACUAUAACGUUAUUCCUCGACUAUUAGGCUAUUAA